AUGGCUUCACUUCUUUGUACUUCCUACCAAAAUGAUACAACCGGAUAUAUCAAAAGUUACUACGAGUCCGACCUAAACCGUUGUGCUCUCUACGUGACAUACGGUGGAGAGCCGUAUGGUAAUUUGACAGCUAUGUGCAAUCAGAUCGCUGCCCCUAUCAAGGGGCAAUGUCAGGUCGUGAAUGCUAUGCAAACUGAACUGUUGACGUAUAUCCAGGCCUCACUAUUUACGCCAGAUGCCAAAUUUUUCCUGGGCCUUGUUCGUGAGCCGGAUUGUGGGGCAUGGCAUUGGGUCCAUUACGAUGGUUCCACGACACUUCAAUCAGCCAAUGGGUCAUACGACUGUACGCAGACUCAAGCUGUUUAUGAUAGUGGCACCACAAAACCGCAAGAGCCAUCCUUCUACGUAAACACGACCGGUUUCCUCUGUCAGUGCUACGAACCUGCCACUCAACUGGCAACUACCAAGCUACCUGGAGAUAACUCGACCAUGGAACCCAUCGAUACUGAAAACCCUUUUGAAACUGCUGGCUCGACAGAACCAAUGGGUAAUGGAACCACCCUUGCUCCGGAUUCGAACGCCACAGCAGUCACGAGCAGUCAGCAAUCACCAACAGCAGCCACAGCUCCACCUGGCGGUUCCGCUGGCGAGACCGGGCCGCGAUGGUUUAUCCUCAUUGGUAUUGCCGCCCUUCUGGCACGUGGAUGU